CUUCUUCCUGAGUUCUGACUUACUCGACUUGAACACAACGACACCAGUCUAAUUGGACGAAUUCAGGCUGGUAUCCUUUCUCAUAACGCCGGAUGUUCGCAAGCCCGGAAUUGAUCAGGACGAGGCUGAUGCGCCAUCCCCGUGCCUAUUGUGUUCAAGGGGAACGGUGAAAUUCGAUACGCACACCUCACAGCUGUCAUGGACAACGUUUAUGGCCACCGCUCGUGGGAUCGGGUGAUGAGUCGGCUGGGUCACAUUCUCGACAUGCUCCCACAACCUGUUCGAGCCUUGUCCAGUACGAAUCAGCAUCUUGGAAUUGACCCCAACCAGUGGAUCACUCAGUAUGCAAUAUGCCCUGAAUGCAAGUUGGGAACAUCACUCGCCUUCUCAACUCGAGCAACUUCUUUCUGCACAAUGCCCGUUCCAGACUGUAAUGGUGUUGUCUAUGCAGAACGUAGAGAUGCGAAGGGUAAGAUGGCGCUACAAAAAUCAAUCUAUAGGUGUCCGCUAUUGGCAGUUUACGGCGCACGUUCAUGCAUCCAGGAUUCCCCCAAUCGAUCCGUGACGGUCGCCAGGAUCAAUCUGGAUAAAAAACUGAUGAGGAUUUCGUCAUGACGGACAUCCAUCAUGGGACACAGUGACAUGAACCCGAGACGAACAUCCUAUGUCAGGUUGGUGAGUUUGGAGCUGCGCAAGACCAAGCAAUGGAGGGAAGGAUGCCUGUUCAGCCGCGUUCGAAGUGUGCCCCUCAAUGCCCGUGCUCGUAUGGUGGCCAGGUUGCGAUGGUUCUUAGGGGUCGUCAAGAAAAGACGAAUGCGUAACAAUUUUAACUG